GGGUUAGGGUUAGGGUUAGGGUUAGGGUUAGGGUUAGGGUUAGGGUUAGGGUUAGGGUUAGGGUUAGGGUUAGGGUUAGGGUUAGGGUUAGGGUUAGGGUUAGGGUUAGGGUUAGGGUUAGGGUUAGGGUUAGGGUUAGGGUUAGGGUUAGGGUUAGGGUUAGGGUUAGGGUUAGGGUUAGGGUUAGGGUUAGGGUUAGGGUUAGGGUUAUGGUUAGGGUUAGGGUUAGGGUUAGGGUUAGGGUUAGGGUUAGGGUUAGGGUUAGGGUUAGGGUUAGGGUUAGGGUUAGGGUUAGGGUUAGGGUUAGGGUUAGGGUUAGGGUUAGGGUUAGGGUUAGGGUUAGGGUUAGGGUUAGGGUUAGGGUUAGGGUUAGGGUUAGGGUUAGG